GAAGUCUGGCAAAAUGUCACAAGUGGCUGGAGAAAUGCAGGCUGCUCUGCUCUUCACCCCAGAGAGGUGGUGCCUAGGCCUCGGUGCUUGCCUCCCUGCAGGGAGCCAAAACGCUCUUGGCUGAGCAUCCUGGAGAAGAGACCUCAAGACAGAGGCCUAACUUUUCCCUGGUUUCUUUGCCCAGGGACGGUCUUCAGCCUUGUUUGCCAUGCGGCAGGUACCCUUGCAUCCCUGUGGAGAUACCUGCUGAUCGUGUGCAUCUUCACUGUGCAAAAGAUGGCCGUGCACAAGAAGAGGUUCUUGAGAUUCAUUGUCUUCUUGCUUCCAGUGGUUCUUGGCUCUGACACGGGCAGCCGCAGCAGAAACAAAGAUGCUGAGGAAUUUGCACACCUUGUUGACAGAGCAGACCCAAAAGUUGCAGCUUCUGCUGGAGGAGGUGGCUCAGCUGAAGGUGGAGAUAAGCCGUUUGAAGAAGGAGAGGCAGGAGGUGAACCAGGCAGCCCUGGAGUUGGCUUCGGAAGUCUACAUCAGAAGAUCUGACUGGGCCCUGAAAAGUUCUGGUGCCACCAUUGACAUGCAGAGAACUUCAAAGACCUAUGACUGCAAAGAGAAUUGGGGCUGCAGGGUUUUAUGGUUCUUCCACACUCCCAACCCUCCUGAUACGAUUUUGGAGCCGGAUAUUUCCCCAGGAAACUGCUGGCCAUUACAAGGGCACCAGGGCCAGGUGGUCAUCAGGUUGCCAGCACGAGUCCAUCUGACUGCUGUCAGUGUGCAGCACACCUACAAAGAGGUCUCUCCAUCUGGGACCGUCACCAGUGCCCCCCGAGACAUCGCUGUCUUUGGAUUGAAUGCAGACAGAGAAGAGGAAACUCUCCUUGGGAUGUUCGUGUACAACGUGGCAAAAGAGGCUAUUCAAACCUUCCCUCUGAAGAACACACACAGAGCCUUUGCGCACAUCAAACUUAUUGUGAAGAGCAACUGGGGAAACACGGCCUACACCUGCAUUUAUCGAGUGCAGGUUCAUGGAAAGAUGGAAGAACAAGAAAACCUCAGCUGAAACCAGACAAGAAAAAGAACACAAGUAAAAAAGAGAAAUGGGGGAGGAGGAAUAAAUGGUUUGUCAGAUCAGAGUGGUGUAGAGGAUCUGUCUCUAAAGUAAGGUGUGCAGGAAGGUCCAUUGGGGGAUGGGUAGCAGCACCCGCUGACAGGGCUACAGGGCAGCCUGCAGGCAGCGGAUGUGGGUCACCCACAAUCCUUGGGACAGCUCCUUGGGGCUGCCAGGGGCUUGUGAGCUUCCUCUUUUAAUUUCCCAGUAGCGGGGCUGGAGAAGCAUUGGAUUCCCCAGUGCACCAUCAAAGGGGUGUGUGUGAUGCCUGCCUUCUCCCGGGGGUGGUUUCAGGGGUGUGCAGCCAGCU